AUGCAAUACCCCCGACACCCAGCCCCCUCCCUGGCACCCAGGACUCUCGAUGCCCGGUCCCUCCCUGGCACCCGGGAACCUGGAAGCCCGGCCCCUCCCUAUUACUUGGAACCGCAGACACCCAGCGCCUUCCCUGACACCCAUGACCCCCUAUGUUCCUGGCACCCAGAACUCCUGCUGCCCAACCCCUUCCUAACACCCUGGACCCCCAACACCCAGCCCCCUCCCUGUACCUGGGACCCCGACGCCCGGCACCUCCCUGGCACCCGGGACCCUAACCCCUUCUGUCACCUGGGACCCCCAAGGUCUGGCCCCCUCCCUGGCACGCGGACCCAGAUGCCUAGCCCUUCCCUGGCACCUGGGACCCUCGAACCCCUCCCUUUCACCCGUGACCCCAGACAUCCGGCAUCCUGCCUUACACCCAUAGACGUUGAUGCCCCGCCUCUUCCCUGGCACCCUGGACCCUCGACUGCCGGCCCCACCCUGGCACCAUUCCCUGGCCCGUUCUGUCACUCAAGACCUCAGACGUCUGGCCCCCUCCCUGGCAACCCUGAUCCCCAUCGCCCAGCUCCUUCCAUGACGCCCAGCUCCUUCCCUGGUACACAGGACCCCCAUCACCCAGCCCCCUCCCUGUCUCUCUGGACCCCUGAUGUCUGGCCUCCUCUCUUGCACCCUGGACCCCUGACACCCGGCUCCUUCCCUGGCACCAAGGACACUCAAUGCCCGUCCCCUCCCUUGCACCUGGGACCCCCGGCCCCUUCCUGGCACCUAGGACCCACGUCACCUGGCCCUCUCACUGGCACUCAGGAACACUGGGCUCAGAUCCUUCCCUGGCACCCGGGGCCCUGA